AGAGAGAGAGAGAGAGAGAGAGAGAGAGAGAGAGAGAGAGAAGGGAGAUGAAGAGCCAAAGGGGUUACUCCAGGGGAGAGCCUAGAAGGGCAGGGAAUUUGGUCAUCAUAGGAUGCAUGCUAUUGUUCCUUUGCGUCCUCUCGAUCAUCAAGUCCCGUUUUUUCACAGGGACUACUGGGGAUAUGAAGUUUGCAGUAGAGAGCUUGAAGAUGGCGACAGAUGACGCAGAUGAAUCUACAGAAACAGAGGACGCGGACGCGUCCAAUUCGCACGUGGUGGACCUGAGCAAGCCCGUGUGCUACGAAUCGAGCCGGCGCUCCGACACGUGCGAAGCACGGGGCGACAUCCGCGUGCAUGGCGCCUCGCAAACCGUGUACGUAUACCCCAUGCAGCAGGAGUGGAAGAUAAAACCCUACGCACGCAAACACGACCCCUUCGCCCUCGACUACGUGAAGCAAUGGUCCAUCAAGCCCUUCUUCUCCGGCGCCGGGAGCGCCGCCGCGACGCCGACGCCCCCCGAGUGCACCGUCAACAGCUCCGUCCCCGCGCUCGUCUUCUCCAACGGCGGCUUCACCGGCAACCUCUUCCACGACUACACCGACGUUCUGGUUCCGGUUUUUAUCACCUCCUAUCAGUUUCGUGGGGAGGUGCAGUUCCUGGUCAGCAGCUUGAAGUCCUGGUGGGUGAACAAGUUCAUCUUGAUCUUCAAGCAGCUGAGCAACUAUGAGAUUAUCGACGUCGACGGCGAUCGCGAGGUGCGGUGCUUCGAUCGGGUUAUUGUCGGGCCGACGUUCCACAAGGAGCUCGGCGUGGAUCCAUCCAAAGCUCCAUCCGGGUACUCCGUCGUGGACUUUAAGAAGGUGCUCAGGGAUGCAUUUGGUCUGGAGAGGGCGGCGGCGGCGCCGAGCGAAGACAAGUGGGACGUGAGGCGAAAACCGCGGCUGCUGAUCAUCUCGCGAAAGAACUCGCGGACGUUCCUGAACGAGCAACGGAUGGCAGACAUGGCGUCGAGCCUCGGGUUCGACGUCCGGGUCGGGGAGCCCGACAUGAACACCGACGUCGCCAAGUUCGCGCGGCUUGUGAACUCCGCCGACGUGAUGCUUGGCGUCCAUGGUGCCGGCCUAACUAAUAUGGUGUUCCUCCCCGCUGGAGCAGUACUUAUUCAGGUGGUGCCGUACGGUGGACUAGAGUGGCUAGCCAAAGCCACAUUCAAGGAGCCCUCGGAGGAGAUGGAGAUCCACUACAUGGAGUACAUGAUACAGUUGGAUGAGACCACACUGAGUGAGCAGUACCCACCUGAUCACCCUGUGUUGAAGGACCCCUACUCAAUACACAAGCAAGGGUGGGAUGCACUCAAAACUGUUUACUUGGACAAGCAAAACGUGAAGCCCCAUUUGGGCAGGCUCAAGAACUCUCUCAUGGAAGCCCUACAGCUCUUGCCACAUAGCAAGACACAAUGAGUGUGCAUAUAUAUAUAUAUAUAUAUAUAUAUAGAGAGAGAGAGAGAGAGAGA